UGAAAAUUUCGGCAAGAAUCUGAAAUAAACACUGAGGAUGCUGGAGAAACUCAGCAGAUCUGGCAGCACCUGGACAGACAGAAACAAGGAUUCGGGGGAAGUGAAGCUGGGACCCGUGGCCGUGAAUGAGAAUGGCCGGUGUGAGCAGCAGAGAGGCUUCGGGGGAGCGGAGAGUCGGAGAAGGCGCGGGAUCCCGGGGAGAGAGGCUGCUGGGGCAGGAGAGACCGGGGAACGGGGACAGUCUCCGCUUCUCCUGCACGGAGCUGCACGCACCGGGGCAGCCGGCCGCUGGGAGAAGCGGGUUGGCCGCCCAAGAUGAACAGCCGGUCCCGGUUUCCAGCCUGGGUCUGCCCCGGGAGGCUGGCUCAGGGGACAGCCCGGCGGAGUCCCCCAGUUUCCGCCCCGCCGCAGGGUUCGAUCCCUUUCUGCAAGUUGUGGAUUCAGAUAGCGCCUACAGCCCGUGCAGUGAUCCACCCCUCAGCCCCAGCUCAGAUCUCCCAGACAGGAAUCCACUGGAUCGCAGGAAUCCCGGGCCAUUGACAAGGGACCUAUCCAGGGAGUCGGAGGGUGAUCCGCAAAACAGGGAGCUUCCCGAGGGCAUUAUUCCCGAUGUGUUUUGCCAAUCCUGCGGAAUCCCAAUUCCCGCUUUUGAAAAACUGUUUGGAUCCCACAGGCACCACCGAGUGGCUCCUCUCUCAUUGGCUGUGGAAGCUGCGAAGGUGGAUUGUCAAGACAACAUCAGAAAACUGGAGCAGCAACUGGUUCAGAUGGAGACAUUUGUCAGUCACAUGGAAGAAAUCUUUGUCACUGUCGAAGAGAAUAUUGGGAAACAGCAACAUUACUUGGAGUUGCAGUAUGACGACUUGAUGCAGUUUCUGGUGCAACGCUAUGAAGACAGGUGCCAGGAGCUAGAAGAGGAGAAGAAACUGAAACUUGAGAAAUUAUACGGGGAGCUGGUGAGCUGUGGGCAGAACAUUGACCUGUACAAAGAACUGAUUGAAUCCACUGAGGAACUUUUCAAGACUGAAGACAAGCAAACCUUUCUGAAGGAUGGACAAACAGCACUGGCCAGACUGGAGGAAUUUCUUCAAGUGGACUUUAACCCGGAGUUACCUACAACAACUGAAUUUGAGAAAUUCCCAACAGAUAUGCCUGAGGUGCAGCAGUUAAUAGAUACAAUCAGCAGUCUCCCAGUUCCCUCAGCCCCUUCAAUGUGCCCUCAAGCCCCCGGUACAGGGAGCAGUGACUCAGUGAGAGUGAGCUGGAGCCUUUCAGCUGAUGACACGGUGGAGUUUUAUCAGCUUCAUUACCGAGAGGUGACCCAAGAGACGAGCCCCAGCCAGCAGGGGGCAGCAGACAUGUCCCUGAGAGUGAAGGAGAUGUAUCACACGGUGAGGAAUCUCAAGCCCAACACUGUGUAUGAAUUCUCGGUGACAGCCUCAAACUCGGCCGGGAGGAGCCCGGAGAGUGACCGGGUGAAGCACACCACAGCUCCUCCGGCUCCAACAAUCAAACACAAAGCAAUUGCAACUUGUCCGAGUGCAGCUCUCAUUGAGUGGGAAUCUGAGAGCAGGAAUUCUCCACAUUCCUACACCGUGGAAUUCUGCAAAGUUUGCAGCAGCUGUGACUGGACAGAAUCUCUCACAGAGUCACUAACCGGCAUCACUUCCUGCAAAACUAUCGUUGAUUUGGAGCCCAAUGAGAGUUAUCUGUUCUAUGUCCGAGCAGUGAAUGAAGGCGGCUGCAGUGACCGGAGCUCACCCGUUAGCGUUAGAACCACAGGGGAUCGGAUCUACCUGAUAGAGCAGACAGCUCACCUGGCCCUCUCACUGCUGGCGGAUGGAGUAACCAUUGUUUAUAAUGAGGAUAAUGUCUGUGUCGACUCCCCAAACUACGAUGAGCGGUUCACAAGUUGUGCUGCUGUCAUGGGGCAGUUAGUGCCUGUCCGAGGAAAACAUUACUGGGAGAUUGAAGUGACUGAACACACAGAAUACAGGAUUGGUGUUGCCUCCCACAACAUCCCACGGGACAGCUACAUUGGCUCAAACAUCACAUCGUGGUGCAUGAGACACACUCUCUCACCAACCAGAAAUAAAUUUGAAUUCCUUCACAACGGGAUCACCCCAGACGUGAGGAUCACCGUAAUUCCAAAACAAAUCGGAAUUCUCCUGAACUACGACGCGGGCAAAUUGUCCUUCUUCAAUGUUCCCAUCCGUCAACAUCUCUUCACGUUCUCACAUCCCUUUCAGCAGCUGGUCAAUCCUUGCUUCGCUUUGGAGGGACCUGGCAAUUUAAAAAUCUGUCAUGGGAUUCCUAGCCCCGAGUUUAUAAGAUUAUCAUGAAGUUUUCCUUCAGUUUUAGCUGCAGCGAAUGUUGUGUGGAUUUAGGCUUUAGCUCAAAAGGAAAAUACCAAUGAAAUAUGCAAUGCUUCUCAUCAGCAGCUCCUAUAGAGAUGGUGGGGGAAUAUGGAGCUGGAAAAGCACAGCAGGUCAGGCAGCAAGAGCUGAUGAAGGGCUUCUGCCCGAAACGUCAACUCUCUUGCUCCUCAGAUGCUGCCUGACUUGCUGUGCUUUUCCAGCACCACCCUCUCGACUCUGAUCUCCAGUAUCUGCAGCCCUCACUUUCUCUAAUGGAGAUGGUGCCAACCCGGAGUGACACUGCUACCAGCAGAGGGACCCAGUGAGCAUCGCCCCACUUGCGGGGCUGCAGCUCACCCCCAGCUCCUUCCCCACUCCCACCACCACCCCACCUCCCCCAGCACCACCCCACCCCACCUCCCCCAGCACUACCCUGCCCCCAGCUCAUCACCCGCCCCCUCCAUCUACCCAUUUCCUCCACCUUCCCCACCCUCCCAUCUCCCCAGCUCCUCCGUCCCCCAUCUCCUCCUCCUCCCAUGUCCUCCAAUCCCUCCCCAAACCCCAGCUCCUCUCCGUCCCCUCUCCCUCACCCCCAGCUCCUCCCUGACCCCCCACCCCAUCCAUCCUCCCCCAAUUGAUCUCCCCAGCUCCUCCAGUUUCCCCGUCCCCUGUCUACCCCAAGAUAUCUGCACUCCCCCGUCCCCAGGCUCCAUUCACAGUCUCUGUGACAUGCCCAAAACGGAUACAAACCCCCCACCCCACUCAAUGGCCAAUGCAUUAAAGGAGCAAUAGUUCAUUUGGGGCAAGUGUUGAUUUAGGACGAUUCCCACCCCUAGCAGCUUUGCCCACCAAUGCCAUGAAAACCCUCGAUCCUUUACAAAACCCAGAAUUCUAUUACCAUCGAGAGGCUGGCAGAGUGUGGAUUGACACCAUCCUGUCAGACAGGAUUGACAGCACGGUCUAGUUAAAACAACCAGAACGGAUAUCUGAAAUUACAGAAAAGCCUCCCAAAUAGUCAAAAAAACGGAAAUUCUUUUGCAAACUGUCAUAAAUAGAUGGUUACAGUAGAGACACAAAUGUUGGUGUUUAAGAUCAAUUCCAGUCCCUUCUCUGAUUGACAAUGAGCCGGAAUCGACUCAGUGACCCACACGGUCUUCCUCUGUGCUGCAAUUCCCUCACCAUUCCUCCUGGGAAUAGUGAUGGGACAUCCAACACCCCAGACGUGUGGAGACUUCGGAAGUUUAUGGUGUAUUUAAACAUUGUAACAAACUUGUCUGAUACGAAAUAAAUAGCAGUGAGCCAAGGAGA